CCCGAGCGCGCCCGCCGCGGCGGCGGCCCGCAGGAGGGCGUACGGGCCGCGCCGCGCACGCCAGGAGGAGGCGGGGCGGCCGUGCCAGGCGCGCCAGGCGGGCCGAGCCGUGCAGGAGGGCGUGCAGGCCGAGCCGUGCAAGCCGACGCACAGCUCCACCGCCUGCAUCCUGGCCCCACGGCAGCCUCCCAGGGCCACCGCGGCACCCGGGCGGCGCCCACGACGCCGGCGGAGGCGCCCGCGGAGGGGCUGCCGGCGGAGGCGCCGCCCGCCGUCGUGGCCCGGGCGCCGGUCCAGGCGGUCGCCACGGCCGUUGCGCCGAAGGGUGCCGCGGCUGCGCUGCCGGCAGUGCCCCCCGCCGUCGUGGCGCGGACACUGGUCCAGGCCGGACGGCACCUUGGUCUGCUUUUUUUAGUUUUCCCGGUGCUCUGCCGAGUUCCCGCUGACCCUGAUCGGCUGCUCCCAGGCCUCGGGAGGUGCCUUGGGGGCCUUCUUCCUCAGCUCGCUUGCGGGCUCGGUGGGCUUGUUGCUCUCGGGGGCAAGCGGCAGGUCGCGGGCUCGGGGGCGCAUCAGGCCGCGCUCGAGGCUGAGGCUGGUGAGCCGCCUGAGGUCAAAGGAGGUGCCUGCGGCUGCGCCUCCUCCACUGCCGCUGGUGACAGUGACAGUGACAGUGACAGCAGCGCCACCGCGUCGGUGGAGUGAGGCAUCUGCAGGAGCGUGGACUCGGAGGUUGACUGAACCCCCACGGGUUGCCCCUUGUCGGUUCUCGAGAGGAUGUUGAACCCGCAAUUGUU